AUUGACUUGUCCUCAUACUCACAUUGUGAACUAAUUUCGGGUCACGCAUUUCUUCUGUAAACAUCUCACCAUAUCGCAAUUGCCUUCGAUCUGGCAGGCGGAGAGUGUACUGGAAUUGGCGGAGCGUCUAUCAGUAGUUCGUGUGAUGGUGGAGGUGACGACUGAAAAGAGUUUGCUUGCUAAUGCUGUUCCGAAGAACAUUCUAAGAGACAAAGCGGGCACUGCUUCAGAUCCCGAGUUCUUCUGCUGUAUGCUUCAGCCUUCGCCCGUCGAUUCCGAUCCUAUGUAUAUUGGAAUUCGUAGACUUCUUCUCUACCGCAAAGCCGAGUCCGGUAUUCUUCGCCGAAAAGAUUGGAAAAGCAAUGGAAUGGGUUAUGUGUCCUAUCGCAAUUUCAUUAAUCGACCAAGGAAUUGGGAAAGAGUGCAGAUACCGAGCCACUUGAGCACCCCGGGAAACAGGUUGAUUUCCUGAUUGAUGCCUCAGCGGGCGUUGGCAACCAUCUCCUAACCGGCUAUCUCAUUUGUUUGAGGCGGACAGCUGGAGUACUGGCAGG